AUGUCGAAAGUCAGCGCUACCCAAGUGAGAGAGAAUGUUAAGGAGAUCCUCAAAUUCUCCAACGAGACCAAAAAGAGAAACUUUUUGGAGACCGUUGAGUUACAGGUUGGUCUCAAAAAUUACGACCCACAAAGAGACAAGCGUUUCUCUGGAACUUUGAAGCUGCCCCAAGUGCCAAGACCAAACAUGACCAUUUGUAUUUUUGGUGAUGCUUUUGAUGUUGACAGAGCUAAAUCUCUGGGUGUGGAUGCUAUGUCUGUUGAUGACUUGAAAAAGUUGAACAAGAACAAAAAGCUUAUCAAGAAGCUGGCUAAAAAGUACAACGCUUUCAUUGCUUCUGAAGUCUUGAUCAAACAAGUGCCAAGACUGUUGGGUCCUCAGCUCUCUAAGGCUGGUAAGUUCCCAACUCCAGUUUCUCACAAUGACGACUUGUAUUCCAAGGUUACUGACGUGAAGUCCACUAUCAAAUUCCAGCUGAAGAAGGUUUUGUGUUUGGCUGUUGCUGUUGGUCACGUUGAGAUGGAGGAGGAUGUUCUUGUCACUCAAAUAAUGAUGGCCAUCAACUUUUUGGUCUCCUUGUUGAAGAAGAACUGGCAAAACGUCGGAUCUCUUGUCAUCAAGUCCUCCAUGGGUCCUUCUUUCAGACUUUACUAA